UUGAAAAUUAAAAUGCGUAUACCUCACACUCCACCCCGGCAGAGCUAAAUAUUCUGUGAGACGGCGAUCUUUGCCUUCUUUUUAUGUACAAUCCGCUGCUAAAUGCCGCGAAGAUCCACGCCUCCCUGCUCAAGACUGGCUUCCAAAGCCAUGCCUACCGCUGCAACCUCCUCCUCCGCGCUUACGUCCGAUGCGGCGCCUUGGUCCAUGCCCGCUCCCUCCUCCUCCACAUGCCUCGCCCCAAUACCGUCUCCUUCAACACCCUCCUCUCCGGCUACGUCCGGUGCGACCGCAUCGACGACGCCCUCAACCUAUUCGACCAAAUCCCCUGCGCAGACGCUCACUCCUGGAACACCAUCACCUCCGGACUCGUCCGCGCCAACCGCUCCCGGGAAGCCCUUGCCUGUUUCGCCACCAUGGCCCGCCACCAUGUCCAUGUCAGGCCCGACGACUUCACCUACUCGACGAUCCUCGCUUGCUGCGAUCUACGUGCGGGAUGGCAGCUUCAUGCACAGAUAACGAAGACGGCGUCGUUUUCGGCAGACCCCUUUAUCGGCACAAACCUGAUGAAGAUGUAUGCCGACUCCGGGGAGAUGAAUCAUGCAAGGAAAUUGUUUGACGAAAUGGGUGCGAGAGACUUGGCAGCAUGGAAUGUGUUGAUGGAUUGUUACUCGAGAUUAGGGAUGGGCGAGUUAUGUCUCAAGACUUUCGUGGAGGUCAUCAGGGAUGGGAUUCGAGUCGACGAGUUCACGUUGGCGACUGUUCUGAAUGAACUUGCUGAUCACUUGUGGGUUUCGGAAGGCAAGCAGCUGCAUUCAUUGAUGACUAAAGGUGGAUUCUUUACGGACUGCUUUUGUUGCAACGCAUUGUUGAAUCUGUACUCAAAGGAAGAUAUUCAUUCAGCACUUAAGAUGUUCGAUGAAAUGUAUGACCGGAGUGCAGUUUCUUGGACCAUCAUAAUUUCAGGUCUUUUGGCUAGCGGCAACACUUAUACUGCUUUCGAGGCUUUGAAUUCUAUGCAGAUGGCUGAAGUGGAACCAAACUCUCAUACUUUUGGCAGUUUGAUCAGUUGUUGCGGCGAUGUCGGUGCAUAUGACAAUGGUAAGCAAUAUCACGGUUUGGCUAUUAAGAAAGGUUUGGAACUUGAUGUUAUUGUGGGGAGCUCAAUUGUGACUAUGCAUUCAAAAUGUGGAGAAACAACUGGUGCACUAAGACUCUUCCGAAGCUUGCCCGAGAAAGACAUUGUUUCAUGGAAUGGGGUCAUAUGUGGAUUUGCACAAAAUGGAGGAACCGCCAAAGCUCUGCAACUCUUUGACGAACUGGUUCAUGUACACCGCAAUGAAGUCAUGCCGAAUCAUGUCACCUUUGUUGGUGUCUUGACCGCAUGCUCCCAUGCCGGGCUUAUCCACAAGGGCUGUAAUAUUUUCAAUGACAUGUUUGAAGUGUACUCAUGUGAACCCCAAGCUGAACACUAUGCCUGUGUGGUUGAUAUAUUUGCACGUUGGGGUUUGCUCGAAGAAGCAGAAGCUGUGAUUCUAGCCCUUCCUACAGCACCUAACAUUAACCUCUGGGGUGCAUUGCUUGCAGCAUGCAAACAGCACAAAAACUUGGUCAUGGCAAAGCGCAUCUCCGAGCAACUCUAUGUGUCGGAACCAUUGAAUUCUUCCAAUUACGUUCUCCUCGCAAACUUGUAUGCUGAAAACAAAGAGUGGAAUGUGGCGAUGAAAGUUAGGAAUAAGAUUUUGACAGUUGGAGUUCAAAAAGUAGUCGGCAGAAGUUGGAUUGAUAUCAGAGGUCAACCUUAUACUUUCGUAUCAGCUGACACACAUAUAGCACAGUUUGAGCUAAUCUCCGGGGUACUGGAGACACUGGGAUUGAUAAUGCUUGACGAGGAACGGACGACUUAAUCGACAAGGAUGAAGUGUGGGUGAUGCAAUGAUUCCCUUGAGGUUUAAGUUACGCACGACUCAUAAACUACGGUCAACAAGUUUAUUUCCCAGAGAGAUAACGGUUGUAUUAUUCUCUUCUCAGUUCCUGGGAUUCAAGAAAAUUGUUGGUUACUAAUCAAUCAAAUUUAUAGUUUGUGCGGUAGAAAUCUACCACCUUAUUUAAGCUUCUUCUUGGAUCUCUUGAUCCUCUUUCUUUUGCCGGCGAGUGCGACUGCUUGGAGUCUUUCGAUACAUAUCUGUACCAGUUAACAGCCCUGGGUAUUGAUACCACAGAAAGAAAAGUUCUAGGCGGUCAGUCUCAGUGAGAAAGUCUUCUUUAUCUUCUAUAUGUAGAUUUUGUAUGGCAUAUACCAUUAUAGUUUAACAGGGAAGAUGUGAUAUUUAGUAUUCAGUU